AUGUGUAAUAAAAUGGCAGAAGUUCUAUGCUUGUUUGCUGCUGAUAAUAUGUCAUCUGAAAUGCGACUAGAUAUCAGAGAUGAUAAAUCUGAUGUUGGACAAGGUGCAUUUGAUAUAAUCAAAACUCUCCUUAUUGAGUCAACUAAAAAUAAUCAAACUGUUACAAUUGGUUUAUCUGGUGGAAGUAUGCCUCAUUUGCUUGCACCAUAUCUUUGUUCUCUAUCAGAUAUCAAUUGGGAAUUAGUUCAUUUUUUUUAUUGUGAUGAACGUUUAGUCCCAUUAGAUAGUGAAGAUUCUAAUCAUUAUAGUUAUCAAGAAUUAUUCUAUUCGAAAAUUAACAUUCCAUCAUCAAAUAUUCAUACUGUGAAUACAACGCUAUCAUUAGAAGAUGCUGCAGUGGAUUAUCAAAAACAACUGUUAGAAUUCUUUGGAACAGCUAAUGGUUAUCCACGUUUUAAUCUAUUACUUCUUGGUAUGGGUCCAGAUGGUCAUACAUGUUCUUUAUUUCCUAAUCAUAAAGUACUUUAUUAUGAAGAUUUUGUGAUUGCCCCGAUUUCUGACAGUCCAAAACCGCCACCACAAAGAGUUACUUUAACUGUGCCUGUAAUUAAUAAAGCAGAAAAAGUUGUAUUCAUGGUCACUGGAUCAGAUAAAGCAAAUGCAUUAAAGUCAAUUCAUCAACCGCAUAAACCUGGUCCUUCUAUGCCAUGUUCAUUAAUUCAUCCAGUUUAUGGUGAAUUAAUAUGGAUUGUAGAUAAAGCGGCUGCUAGUUUAUUAGAGACAUAA